AAUAUAAGCAGCGCUGGAGUGUAGAUUUGACCAGUGCAAGGGAGGCGGUUCACAGGAGCAAGAGAAGUGGUGCAACCAGUGCAAGGGAGGCGGAGCAGCCAGAGCAAGAAUAACCAAAUUAUUCUACAAAUGUUGGGGAUGAGGUGGUGGGUGUUGGUGAGCGUGGGAGUGUUUGUGGUGGUGUGGAGACCUGGACCUUGUCAUGCUGAGGAAUCAAAGGGUCUGUUCGGUUCCAUCAUCGACCACUUUUCUAACUUCUGGAAAAACGGAGAGAUGGAGUUCAUGGGCCAAAUCUGCCGCUACAGUUACAGUCCAAAAUUCCAGAACUGGGGACUCACCUACUCGGGUAAAAUGUGGUGUCCUGGGUGGGCUCCCUUCGCCGGCAACUCCAGAACUUUGAGUCGGGCUGGCGCCAUAGAGAAUGCCACGAAGGAUUUCGUCAGGAAAGCCGUCGAUCACGGCCUAAUUACUGCAGAGGAAGCUUCAGUCUGGCUUCAGUAAUUAGCAGUCGUUUCUGGACCUGAAGUCUCUACAAGUAUUAACUAUCUAACGUAUCUGGGAUUGGUCCUCAGCUGAUGCCAACGACCUUAUUAUCUCUCCUGGUUUAACUAUUGUCUUCAAAUGUAUGUAUUGAUGUUUCUUUAUAUUAUAAUUGUUCUUAUAUUUUAUCGAAAAUUUAAUUAAUAACUACAUUAAAAGAAAGCAAAACAAUGAA